AUCAUUCGAAAAGAGUCACAAAGCAGGGGAAGUCUUUUCUUUCAUGGUAAAUCUCGUAAAGCAAAGAGCUACAUCCAAACUAUCUUCCAAUCAUUCGAAAAGAGUCACAAAGCAGAGGAAGUCUUUUCUUUCAUGGUAAAUCCCGUAAAGUAAAGAGUUACCCUUCAUUUGCCUCAUUCGGUUUUCAGAAGCAAACCCGCCUCAAUUGGCGUGACUUCAUUCGCCCGUUUGGUUAAUGAUCCAAAUAACAGCAAUGGCUAACAACAGCUCAUCAGGCGAGACAGGUCACAGCGUGCUGAGCUGCUCUUGGCUUCCGGUAGAAACAUGGCAACUUACGGUGGACUCUGAGACAAUUAAAACAGUUGCACUAACACGAGCUCUAGUCAAUAGCGUCACCUUUCCAUUCACCAUCCUCUUUAACUUAUUAGUUGUCAUAGCGCUCGUGAAGGUGCGACCGCUACGUAGCAGGGCCAACCUAAUGCUGGGAUGUUUGGCAGUCACUGAUCUUAUGACGGGACUGAUCGCUCAACCGCUAGCGGUGAACACUAAUAUGACGCUCUACUUGAACCCUUUGCAAUGCCCUUCAACUGCUACUCAGGCAGUGUCGAAGAUAAUGGCAUUCAGUUCCUUGUACCACAUUACUCUAUUGAACAUUGAUCGGCUCAUCGCCAUGAAGAAUACGUUUAGGUACCCUGUUAUUGUAACGGAUGGACGCGUGUGCUUGGCCGUCAUCAUGGCGUGGGUUGUAGCGAUUGGCUUUGCUAUCUUUGACGCCUUCGUUCCUUCUUCUAACAUUUCUAGGAACUUUGGGAUCACUUGCAUUCUAACGUGCCUUAUCUGCUGCUUCGUUGUCUGGCGCGAGAGUAAAAAGCACCGACGCCAAAUUGCUGCAGAUCACUUGUCUAUGGGUACUGAACAGCCUAGAAGCAACGCGAACAUGGCAUUUGCUCUUAUAACCGUCACCCACUUUUUGACAUAUUUAUUUUUCUUUGGCAUAAGAAUAGCUGAGGAACAAGUCCCAUUGCUUAAAGCAGUCUCUUCAGCGGUCGUAGUUUUUAGCUCGCUUAUCAAUCCCUUACUCUAUUCAAUACGAACGGAAGCGUUCCGAGAUGCGAUAAAAGGAAUUCUAGGAAUUCGUAGCCAAGUCAUUGUUCAUGGGUAAGAAGUAAAUUUUGUGCCGCUUGUUAGACUGGCAUGGCUUCAAGGAAUACCUUGAAGCCAUGCCAGUCAGGACGAGCAAGGAGGCAUAGGCCCUGUAGCUACUGAGCCAUGUUCAGGUACACGAGUUCUCAAGUUCAGCCUCGAGGCAUGGAUAAUCCAUCAAGGCGCACAGAGGUCUUAGUGGGGGACACAAAAGCCCUAUGGCGGAGAAACAAAAAGGCCCUGUGGCAGAGGAACACAAAGGCCUGUGGCGAAGGAACACAAAGGGAAAAAACACAAAGGCCCUGAGGCAGAGGAACACAAAGGCCUGUGGCAGAGGAACACAAAGGCCUGUGGCGAAGGAACACAAAGGGAAAAAACACAAAGGCCCUGUGGCGGAGGAACACAAAGGCCCUGUGGCAACUAAACACAAAAAACCCAGUGGCGAAAAAACAUGAAAGCCCUGCGGUGGAGAAACACAAAGGCCCUGUGGGGGAGGAACAAAAGGGCCCUGUGGAGAAAGAACACAAAGGCCUCUGGGGGAAGAACAGAAAGGCCCUGUGGGGGAAGAACAAAAGAGCCCUGCGGGUUUCUCCUGCAGACACAAACAAACGAAAAUGCGAAAGACCAGCGACAUGGAUUAGCCUGCUAGCCGGCUCUCAAGAGAUUCGGGAUUCCUGUGAAAGGGAGAAAGGAGAAAGGAGAGCCGGCAGCAAAAACCUCUGUUUUUGCAUGUCCGCCCUCUUCACGCUUGGCCUCCCUUGUCAAAUGAAAGUGUCAGGAGCUGUCAAAUCGAACCAAUCACAGCCGUCCAAAAAGUAAACAAAAUGGCCAACAUGCAACAAGGGGCCAAUCAAAAUACUCGCUUGACCCAUAAACCUGUGAAUUUAAGAAAUACUCGCACGUUACAAAUAGAGCGUAUUUACAAAU